CGCUCUGGCCACACUCCUUCUCUCGAUGACCUGCUCUUUCAAGUCGUUUUCGUAGUCAUUCUGUCACGGGGUAAACAGGUGCGAUAAGCAAGAGAUGGGGUGGCACGAUACGUGAGAGAGCUUGCACCACCAAUUUUUCCGACACUACUGGCUCUGUUGUUUCACAGUGCCUCAGCACGUUCUCGUCAGUUUCAUCACCUACACAUGACUGAUUUCAAUCUGGCGCUAUUUUGAAGUGCUCGACGUUCACAAACACAGCAACUUUUGACACGACUCAAUAAGGGAGGUGUAGCUGGCCGAUCAUCUGACGAUUGCUGUGUUGACGUCAGGUGUCUAUGACGAUUGGCUCGCCCACCAUCCAUUCUCACUCACUCUCCUCCUUGAGCUUGAAGCCGUGCAGACGACUCAGCAGACGUUCCUCAUCUCCUUCCACCGGCCUUCCGUCUAUCCAUCAGUCCCCUCGACGUCUCGUCUUAGACAUGUCUGACCGCCAAGAUCCAUUCACCCAAGGUCCGUCCACGACAGCGCAAGACAUGGAGGAUCCCCCUUCAUAUGCGGACACAUCCAAACACGAGCUCGUGCGGACAGAACCCCCGCCCUGGAAGCCCAAUUUCACAGAGCUGCCCUCCACACUCGCCAACGACCCUAUCCCGCGCAGACCCCUCGAUCCUCCCCCAGACUGCUUCUCCGUCCCUUCCCCACUGCGCGUCAAGUCCCAUGAUUUCCCCCCGUUUGCCAUUCCGAGCAUCACGUCUACGCUCGCGGACGGAUUCAAGCUACUUUACCCGUCUGAUCCAGACCUGCUCACGCGGCACGGGAUAACGAAAGAGGAUUGGCUCCGGUUCUUAGAGGACGUGGUCAUCGCUGCUAGGCUUGCUGGCUUGGGGCUCAGCGCGGUAGGUUCGAGGGUACCGGUCGUUCCGUUGCCUGCCAGAGGGCUGUUCGGUGGGAGCAGGGGCACGGCGGGGACAGCAUACGAUGCGAGCUUCGUACGGAGUCCGAGGGAUGAGGUGCAGGCUCUCAUGCAGGUCUGGAACGAGGCGGCGUUGGAAAGGAGAAAGCUGAGAGUGACUCUCGUUACGAUCGCGGACGGGGCUAUGAGAAGCGGGUAUGAGAUUCUCGUCGAGUCGCUAUGAUAGAGACUGUUCCUUCCCCUUGUCAGCUAUAAACUUGAUCACGACACCUUGGAUCCCUUGUAAACUGUAC